AGCUGCCGGAAGUAGACGGCAGAGGUGGUGGCGGAGCGGCCGGCAGCUGCCUGGGAAACGGGGGCCCGGGACGCUUGGCUCGCAGACAGGCAGGCCAGGCAGUCGUUUCUGUGCCCGGCACCCGGGAGGCCCGAGAGCCCCCUUUGCAUGGGCCGAGGGCCCCUGGUCCGGCAGCUUUCUCUGCCUUCCUAAGCCCGCCAGGGGCGCAGCGCCGAGGGGCUGCAGAGUGGGGGGCGGGCGCGGCUGACCCGAGGAGGGGCGCGGGGCAGUGGAGAGAGUCCUGCCCCGCUCAGGAAGUGACCCUGGGCGGGGGACGGGGAGUCCUCACCUCCGGACCGAGGCAAAGGUUUCUGGGGGUGAAGAGGGCGCAUCGCCCUCUGCCCCCGCCGGCACCCUGGCCAUGACGGGCAAGUCAGUGAAGGACGUGGAUCGGUACCAGGCGGUCCUGGCCAACCUGCUGCUGGAGGAGGAUAACAAGUUUUGUGCGGACUGCCAGUCUAAAGUUGUACUUCUGUUUGAGCACAAGUGGCCAGUUUAAGUAGAUACUAACUUUGAAGAAGUUCUGUAUUGGCCUCUGGAAUGUGACAGUUCAGCAUACCACAUUGAAAAGUAGAUAGGCACCCAGGCCCUUUACUGAGGAUACUGGCAUAGAGACAUUGUCCUGCAGGUGAAACUCAAGAUUCUACAGAAAGAAUGGGGCUCCCACUUGGAGAUCCAGCAGAAACAACAUUCUUGCGAGAGGGACCGGAUGGGAACAAAGGUUGAUUGAGGCCACGAUGGGCCUCCUGGAACAUUGGUGUGUUCAUCUGCAUUCGAUGUGCUGGAAUCCACAGGAAUUUGGGGGUGCACAUAUCCAGGGUAAAAUCAGUUAACCUUGACCAGUGGACUCAAGAACAGAUUCAGUGUAUGCAAGAGAUGGGGAACGGAAAGGCAAACCGACUUUAUGAAGCCUACCUUCCUGAGACCUUCCGGCGACCUCAGAUAGACCCAGCUGUCGAGGGAUUUAUUCGAGAUAAAUAUGAGAAGAAGAAAUACAUGGACCGAAGUCUAGACAUCAGUGCCCUUAAGAAAGAAAAAGAUGACAAGUGGAAAAGAGGGAAUGAGCCAGCUUCAGAGAAAAAAAUGGAACCUAUUGUUUUUGAGAAAGUGAAAAUGCCACAGAAAAAAGAAGAUCCACAGCUACCUCGGAAAAGCUCCCCGAAAUCCACAGCACCUGUCAUGGAUUUGUUAGGCCUUGAUGCUCCUGUGGCCUGCUCCAUUACCAGCAGUAAGACCAGCAAUGCCCUAGAGAAGGACUUAGAUCUUUUGGCCUCUGUUCCAUCCCCCUCUUCUUCCACUUCCAGAAAGGUGGUAGGUUCCAUGCCAACUGCAGGGAGUGCCGGCUCUGUUCCUGAAAACCUGAACCUGUUUCCAGAGCCAGGGAGCAAAUCAGAAGAAACAGGCAAGAAACAGCUCUCUAAAGACUCCAUCCUCUCACUGUACGGAUCCCAGACGCCUCAGAUGCCUGCCCAAGCAAUGUUCAUGGCUCCUGCUCAGAUGGCAUAUCCCACAGCCUACCCCAGCUUCCCUGGGGUUGCACCUCCUAAUAGCAUAAUGGGGAGCAUGAUGCCCCCACCAGUAGGCAUGGUAGCUCAGCCAGGGGCUUCUGGGAUGGUUGCCCCCAUGGCCAUGCCUGCAGGCUAUAUGGGUGGCAUGCAGGCAUCAAUGAUGGGUGUGCCAAAUGGAAUGAUGACCACCCAGCAGGCUGGCUACAUGGCAGGCAUGGCAGCUAUGCCCCAGACUAUGUAUGGGGUUCAGCCAGCUCAGCAGCUGCAAUGGAACCUUACUCAGAUGACCCAGCAGAUGGCUGGGAUGAACUUAUGUGGAGCCAAUGGCAUGCUGAGCUAUGGACCGUCGAUGAGCGGCGGAAAUGGACAGGCAGCAAGUCAGACUCUCAGCUCUCAGAUGUGGAAAUGAAUACAAAUCA